AUGGGGCUGAUAGAUGAAGACACUGCAUUCCUCUCCAACAUACCUGUGCCACUGGAUAUAACAGUGGCUGUGGUCUACUUUGUUUUUGGGGUAUGUUCACUGUUUGGCAACAGCACACUGCUGUAUGUAUCCUACAGGAAAAAGCACCUCCUGAAACCUGCUGAGUACUUCAUCAUCAACCUAGCUGUUAGUGACUUGGGCCUGACUCUGUCUCUUUACCCUAUGGCGAUAACUUCAAGCUUCUACCACAGGUGGCUGUACGGGAAAACAGUGUGCUCCAUAUACGCUUUUUGUGGCAUGUUGUUUGGCAUCUGCAGUCUGACCACUCUGACCCUGCUAAGCAUGGUGUGCUUUGUGAAAGUAUGUUGUCCAUUCUAUGGAAACAGGUUUAAUUCUGUUCACGGCUGUCUGCUGAUUGCCUGCGCGUGGGUCUACGCCCUGUUAUUUGCCUGCUCCCCUCUGGCCCACUGGGGGGAAUAUGGACCAGAGCCUUAUGGCACCGCUUGUUGCAUUGACUGGCGCUUGUCCAAUCAGCACACCACAGCACGAUCUUACACGGUGGCACUGUUCAUCUUCUGCUACAUCCUUCCAUGCUGUGUUAUUGUAGCCUCCUACACGGGUAUUCUGGUUACAGUGCAUGCAUCCCGCAAGACUAUGGAGCAGCAUGCAUCGAGGCAGACACACAUGAGCAGCAUCCAGACAAUUAUUGUCAAGCUAAGUGUUGCUGUCUGCAUCGGUUUCUUCGCGGCAUGGAGUCCGUAUGCUGUGGUGUCCAUGUGGGCUGCUUUUGGACACAUUGAGAACAUCCCUCCUCUGGCAUUUGCCAUGCCAGCCAUGUUUGCCAAGUCCUCCACCAUUUACAACCCAAUCAUCUACUUAAUGCUGAGGCCAAACUUCCGCAGGAUGAUGCGCAGGGAUAUGGGUACUCUAUGCCACGCAUGUCUGAAAAGCUGCCUCUGCUUCCAGGGCCCAGUGAAGUGCUGCUCUAAGCCAGAGAUCAGGGUCAGACUUCACACAAUCCACAGACAGACCAACCAAUUCCCCUCAUCCAACUCUUCCGCUCAACCUCCCGUGAUAGCAUUAAGAGAUCACAGAUGUGACAAGUGCAAGGAUGCUUUUGAGUGCUUCAGACAUUACCCUCAAAUGUGUGGUGUCACUAACCUAGCUGCUAAUGGAGACUCAUCUAAGGAUCAGGACACACCGGUUCCCCGAACACAUAAGCAGAAGACUCACAGUGUGUGCCACAAGAAGUCUCUGCUGGCCACCAUGUGUGCAAAAAGGACUUCAGAAAUAGACAACCUCCAUAUUAAUUUGGAGAUGGUCCCAGGGCAUGCAAAAGUGGCUUGGCCCUGAUAUUUCUCUCAGUUUAUAGAAUAAUGUUUACAGAAUGUCUUGGGACAUAUUUUGCAGGUUAUGUUCUUUAAUUUCAGGAAAUCCCAUUCAGGAACGUAUCAUGUGCUCCCAAAGUGUUUGGGCCGCAGCCAUGUGCUUAUUUUUUGUCACCCUCUAUGCAUUACUUUGGUCAUGAUAUGAUAGAACAGCCUUGAGAGUAAAUGGGGACAGCUUUAAUUUGAGAGGUAUUUUGUUUGCAACACAUAAACAAUUGUUAUCUUUUUUAGGUGUUGCAAACGUGAUAUGUUUUACAUCAGCUUGGUCAAGUUGGAUGGAGAGCAACUUUCAAUAUUUACAAUAAUUUGGAUGCAUCUUGCUUUAACUGAACGUCACUUUAAAGCCCCUGAAAGCUUUACUUCAAAAGUUUUUCUCUGUAUCUUUUAGUUUAAUUUAUUUACAUAUAAAAAAAAAAAGAAUCUAACUGAAAUUAGAUUCUGAUUCAAAUGUUGCUAAAUUCUGAUUGGUGCAAGUACAUCACACUGCCUUUUUCCAAAUUAGCCCCACCCACUCCAAAAUCAGUAUAAAUAACACUAAGGAAAACAUAAAUACGAAGAUCUGUGACGUGAAAGAAAGUGAAAAAAAAGUUAAAUGCAAAAAUAUAUUUACAGAUUCAGUGUUACUUCAUUCCUAAUGGUAUCCUCAAAUUAAAGCUGACAUUCUGCUCUGUCAGCAUAUUUGUUUGGACAAGUGUUGUGCAAAUACUUGUGGACCUUAUAAAGUGCUUGAGAUUAUUUUUACUGUUCACCGAGUCAUUUGCUGCUAGGAUUAUCUUAGUUAAACAUGACUUCAACCCCAGGGAAUCGCAUUGGCUGGGAACAAGGAAUGACAGUCACCGAUGACUUAUCACUAAUAUUUGUCAUUGAUCACUGCUUUAUUGUGAAAGGGGGUAUUAGAUGCACUUGGUGAUAUCCAUGGUCAGGCCUAAAUGGUGAGGACUGUCUUUUGGUUAAUUAUUACAGCAACAUACCCUGAAUGUGUAUGUGAGAACUGAGUGCCAUCUCAUUUCAAAUACUGGUAACACUUCCUUUACUAUGCCAGCCCAAAUCUUGUUUACACUUGACAAAUGCAGGUAUAUAAUUUAUGGUGCUUGAUCAAUUACCUAUGUACACAUUGGGUAGAAUACAACACUGCUGCAUAAUGCCAUUAUUAUGGCAUUGCACAAUAGGGCCUGUCUACCUGUAUUAUUAGAACUUCAAUUCAUUCUUUAUUAUUUGUACAAUGACAAUAGAGUGUUUUCUUUACUUGAUAAACUGGCAAUACUGUAGACAUUUAUUUCACUACAACAGAGGGAAAGGGAGGAAAGACAAAUAAGACAAACCAAUAUAAGCCAAAUGAUGCAGCUGUAGAUAAAUUAAUUCAUUAGUGCACAAAGACCACUCAGUUCAUGUUGUCUGUAAUUGUUAUUGUGUGUUAAUCGACUAUAUAACGUAAACAUGACUAAAAUGGGAUUUGGGCAAGUACUCAGGACCAAGUCCAUCUUUGUUUCAGUUUCUCAGCCGCUUACAGAAAUGUUCAUUUAAUCUAAUAGAAAUAUCUGUUUCGCCUUUUUUUUUUAAAUUACUUGUUUCUGUUGUAUGUCCUAUGUUACAAGCCAUAUUGCUUUUGAUGAACAAAAGUAGUUAAUUAGAUUUUAUCUAUUGAUCAACAGGGUGCCAGGGUAACAGCAAGUUUAAAUCUGAUAAUAUAUGGAUUCAAUUACUGUUAAGAAAAUGGAAAGCCUGUCCACAUUUGGGUCCCAGAACCUUAUCAUUAAUCCUUAAUGGAAUGAGUAGAUUUAUUUUCUUGUGUUCAGUGAAGAGAUUAUUAAACUCACCAGGUAUCACAUCUGUAAUCCAUUAAAAGGUCCAUUAAAAUGGGAUUUCAAACUUUUCAAUGACAACAGUAAAAGUGAAGAUUUGUCUUCCCAUUGAGAAUAUUUGGAUGAGUUAAAGAUGAUUAUCCAGACAAAAAAAAUUUGCUGUGUAGAUUUUUACACUCAGGAAUAUGAAUCUACAUUCUAACGUAAGUGUUUGUGUAUUCAGACAAAACUCUUGAUUAUUAUAGUAAUUAUAUGCAGAGCUUUCUACAGUGUAGAUUGUAGUUUUAGUGUUAUUUAUGACUUAACACAAAAAAUAGGUCAAACAAUACACAUUGCAUUCAACUCUAUUGCAGUAAUUUAUAUAAAAAAAAGACUUCAGUCAGGUUCAGACUUGGUGAUUUUACUGGGUGCUGACUAAUGGACACGGACUUGGAACUAAUGCCCAAUCUGGUGGGUCAUGUCAGUGGCUUGAAGUGAUAUAGUAUCAGUCUAGCUAAUGACUUAGAGGUGACAGCAUUGUAACUGUGUUCAUGUUUUUAAAAAUACAAUAUA